UGAAAUUGAGGACGCAAUCGGCCAAGUGCGGUUUGUCAUGCUGCUUGGGAAAAUAUUUCAGUUUUCUUUCAUAGCGAAGAACACCUCAUAAAAAUAUCUGGAUACAUGAAAAGCUGUAACGACGACGAUUCGAGGAUUUAUUUGCAUUACGCGAAGAUGUUUUCUUUCACGGCUGUGAAACAAAUCGGAGAAACAAAAGCGUGCACCGUGUCGAGCGCUUGUGUGUACCCGUGCGACAAACGCAAGAAGAGACAUUGAUACAAAACCAGAAAACAGUGAUACUUCAGGGAUAUUUAGUGCAGAGAUUUAUUUGCGUUCUGACAACAAACACGAGACUGAAACGAGAAGAAAACGAAUUUCACACCUCAACAUUUCCACUGUCUGUCCAUCGCACACGACGACUGGAAUGAGGAUUUGUGCAAAACUCUAAACUCUUUUGUGCACCAUUUAACAGGACCUCUGUAUAUGAAGACAGAAUGAAAUGGAAAAAAUAACUUUGUUAGUUGCAUAAAAGUCACUAUGGUGACCAUCAGCGACCCCAUCAUGAUAUUGUGAAAUUGUGUAUUUUGCUUCCAAUAACACAUACUAUAUGAUAAGCUGUCCAUCUUCAAAGUAUCGUUCUUUUGAGCAGUAAGAUGCAUAGGACACCAGGACCUGCCGACACCUCUCUUGUGCUGAUGCCAUUCACAUCUCGACCGCGUGUGUAGACAUGCUGAUUUUAGAGAGAAAUACACUGCAACGAUCAACACAAGACAGUCACCUGAGUUUUCCACUGAGUGGGUGAUGUUUCUGUGAUGAGAAUGCGCUUUCCUCUGAAGAAGAUCCGCACGCAGUUCAAACUCCUUCUGCUACUCGUUUUGCUUAUGUUUGCCAUUGGGUUCACAUAUCUUCACAUCAAUCAAGGCAAAGCCAUCAAACUCCAUUUCAACUAUGGGAAAGAUAUGGAGCGACAGGCAGACGGGAUUGGCUCCAGUCAUAAGAAACACAGUCCUUCAUCUCUCGUCCUCCCUGAGCUGGAGGAUGAUGCUGACAGUCAAGAGGAGGGUUGGGGGGGGGAGGAGCUCCGUGAGUCUGCUCAGGAGAGCCGUGCCAACGCUGAGAUGCGCAGACUCCUCAGCCAGAAGUUCCUUAGGUUACCAUGGAAACCAGAGUAUAAAGGUCAGGCCAAUCUGCAUGUGUUUGAAGACUGGUGUGGCUCAUCCAUCUUCCAGCUCAGGAAGAAUCAUCAUUUUCCUCUCUACCCGCAUACCAGGACCACAGUGAAGAAAAUUGCAGUGGCUCCAAAAUGGAAGAACUAUGGCCUUAGAAUCUUUGGAUUUAUUCAUCCUUAUAAAGAUGGCGAUUUCCAAUUUGCCAUCGCAUCAGAUGACAACUCUGAACUGUGGCUAAGCUCAGAUGAGAGUCCGCUUAAUGCCCGACUGCUGGUAUAUGUUGGACAGCAAGGCUCCGAGUGGACAGCUCCAGGAGAGUUCAGCAAGUUUAGAUCCCAAACGUCUAAACCUGUGCGUCUCAUGUCCUCACGGCGGUACUACUUUGAGGUUUUGCACAAGCAGGAUGACAGAGGUUCGGACCAUGUGGAGGUGGGGUGGAGACGUUUCCUGCCUGGGCUGAAGUAUGAUGUCAUUGACUCCACUUAUAUCUCAAUGUACACAGAUGAAUCCAGUCUGAAGAUGAGCAGUGUAAAGCACAUCCCACAGACGCUUGCCAGCCACUCACUCACGCUGCAGGUUAACCACAGGACAGAGAUACGUACUGCAGACAUGCUUAAAGCAGACCCACGAGACAGCUUCUACAAGGUUCCUUUGAUACAUCAGUCCAAGCUGGAAAAUGUUCUUCCGUCUUGUGUGUAUUCUCCUACAUAUGUUGUGAAGGACUUCCCCAUCGCACGCUACCAGGGCCUGCAGUUUGUUUACCUAUCCUAUGUGUAUCCCAAUGAUUUCACCAGACUGAGUCAUAUGGAGAGAAAGAACAAAUGCUUUUACAGAGAGUCUCCUGUCUACUUAGAAAAAUUUGGCUUCUAUAAGUACAUGAAGAUGGAUGAGGAGGAAGGUGUCCUGCCUGCUUUCUUCCCCAAACCUGAAGAUUUUCUGGAGGAGGAAGAGGGGGUCGACCCAGAGGAGACCAUUAAAUCUAGCAAUCGGCCAGUCAGGAAGACAAUACAUACCAGUCCACCUAAUCAGAUGUCAAGGACAACAGCUUCCACUACCUCCUCGAAGCCUGACAGUUUAGACAGGGUUUCAAAACAGCGAAGGAGGCAGCUCAUUCACUUUAAAGAACAUGAUGAGAGUAAAGGAACAAGAGAGGAAGGUUUUUAUAAAAACUCUUUGCUGCAGAUGGUAAAUGAUGACAUACCAGAAACAAAAUAUUUGGGGCAAGCGAAAGGAAGUGCAGGUGCUUUGGAGUCUCAAAGCGGAGCUCCAAACGAACAGGCAAGCGAAGAGGAGGGGGACAUCCUAACUCAUGGGUUUGUUCACAGAGGCCGCUCAUUAGCUUGGCUCCUCCCGGGACUGACAAGCAAAAACAAACUAAGAGGAACUGCCAACACACCCGUGAGGGGAAGGUCUCCUCUUAAACUUCCUCAUAAGUCCCCUCUUUAUGUUUUAGCUAAUAGGAUUUUGAAUAAUGCAGGCAAGUCGGUUGUUUGGACCAACGCGGAGAAAGAAAAUAACACUAACAAACUUUACAUUACUAGACCUCGGCCGCCAAGCCAAAGAGCAAAGGGGAUACCAAAAUCUCCAGUUGAGGUGUUUCCCGGUGUUUUCCUUCAUCACACUAGAAUGCGUCUUGUGGACUUCAGUUCAAAAUGGAAAUCCUCAAAAACAGAAACCACUGCUUCUCCCCCCUGGUCGAACUUUAACUUAAUAGACCAAAAGACCUCCGCCCAACCAUCUUUAUUAAAAAACAGUCAUACUUCCUUUCCCACAGAGCCCGAGCGUCAUUAUCAGAGCAACCCUACGACUUUCAUAUCAGAUCUGAAUAGCUUGCCACCAUUAAGCUCUGAAAACAGAGAUCACCCUGGGCUAAACUCGUCUGAGAUCAGCCAGCCUCCGGAGCUGGAGACGACAAAGAUCUCAGAGAUGCUGGAGGGUUCAGACACGGUUCAGCAGAGCAGAGGUUUUGAGGAUGAAGAGAUGUCAGAGUACAGUUACGAGGAGGCAGAUUUGAGGCCACACUUGACGGAGGAGGCCAUCAACUGGCAGCGUACCUUCAGCGUGAACCCUGUGGACUUUGAGCUGCUGAGGUCAGACUGGAAUGACCUGAGGUGUAACGUCUCGGGGAAUCUGCAGCUGGCCGAGAACGAGGCUGUUGAUGUGAUCUCGCAGUACAUGGAGAAGCUGAACGAGAGGAGUGGAGGGAUCUACACUCUCCUCCGUAUUGUAAAUAUAGAGAAGCGGAGAGAUUCAGCCAGGGGCAACCGAUAUUUGGUGGAGCUGCUGUUGAUGGAGAAUGGGAAGCGGGUUGUGCGCCUAUCUGAGUACAUCUAUCUCCUGUUGCAUCGCAGUCGAUAUGAGGAUGGACUAGAGAGCAGAGAAGAAACCAUGACCUCGACCCACCAUGUGACAUUUAAAAACGCACCGCCCAGCACCCAAACCCAUAACAUCACAGCCUGGAGCACCAGCUGGGCCAAUCCCUUGCUCUGCCAGCCAACGAUGUUAGAGUGGAGGCAUGAUGUGAUGGUACACUUUGUAGUGCCAGUGAAGAAUCAGGCUCGAUGGGUGCAGCAGUUCAUCUCAGAUAUGGAGCUCCUGCACCGUGAAACCAAGGAUGAGAAUUUCAGCGUGAUCAUCGUGGACUUCCAGAGCGAUGAUAUGGAUGUUGAGCAGGCACUGAAGGAGAGCACUGUUCCCAGGUAUGAGUAUCUGAGAAGAGAGGGGAACUUCGAGAGGUCCUCUGGUUUGCAGAUGGGUGUGGACACAAUAGAGGACAAUCACAGCAUAGUGUUCCUUUGUGACCUGCACAUCCACUUUCCUCACAACAUCCUGGAGACCAUAAGGAAGCACUGUGUAGAAGGCAGACUGGCAUUCGCACCCAUUGUCAUGAGACUGGACUGUGGGAGUUCACCGUCCGAGCCUGAUGGUUAUUGGGAAGUCAAUGGCUUUGGCUUGUUUGGAAUUUAUAAGUCAGAUUUUGAUAAGAUUGGUGGGAUGAACACAGAGGAGUUUAAAGACCGUUGGGGAGGAGAGGACUGGGAGCUGUUGGACAGGGUUCUCCAGAAUGGUCUAGAAGUAGAGAGACUCAGACUGAGGAACUUUUACCACUAUUUUCACUCUAAGCGGGGCAUGUGGAACUCUUCCGUUAAAAGCGCAUCUCAAGGGUAGCUGAACAACACUGCUUUGAACCUUUCUGUUACUCCAGACAGACACUACAUGAGAGGUGGCUGUUUCCGCUCCAAAAUUCAGGAAAACUUCUAACAAGGGGAUACAUGGGCUCUCCGUGUGUUUGAUCUGAGACCAGAGCAAGGACUUACUAAGGGCUUUGUGGACUUUUUGUUGCAGGUUAAGAUGUGAUCAUACAGUAUGAAGAUCCCGGAAGAAUGGUACUGUAACAGUGCAGUUCAAGAAACAUGCACAAGAAACAUUUUAAACACUGGUUUGCCACACUUUGCAUUUGAAAGGGACAUGAGAAGAGAGGCAUAGUCAAUAUACUGCAAUUCGUCUCUCUUUAAUUUCAAAUAUAGGCUACCGGGUAGUUUUAAGUAGUGAAUGUUUAUCCAAAUACAUAUUGUGUAAUAGCGGGUGCCAAAAUGUAAAGAUUUACAACCCAAAUAAAUUAUGAUGAAGGGAUAAUUUCUGUGAAAUUGUUUUAUAGAGGAUUUAGGUAUGUACUUUUCCUUGUUAAAACUUCUUAUUUUGAAGAAUAAAAAAAUGUAAAAGACUUGA